AUGGCCCGUACCAAGCAAACUGCCCGCAAGUCCACCGGUGGCAAGGCUCCCAGGAAGCAGCUUGCCACUAAGGCUGCCAAGAAAACUGCUCCUACAGCCGGCGGUCUUAAGAGGCCUCAUCGCUUCCGCCCUGGAACCGUCGCCCUCCGAGAGAUUCGAAAGUACCAAAAGAGCACAGAGCUGUUGAUCCGCAAGUUGCCCUUCCAGCGUCUCGUUCGUGAGAUUGCUCAAGACUUCAAGACGACUUUGAGAUUUCAGAGCCAUGCCGUCUUUGCUCUGCAGGAGGCUGCGGAGGCUUAUUUGGUGGGUUUGUUUGAGGAUACUAACCUGUGUGCUAUCCACGCUAGGAGGGUCACCAUAAUGCCCAAGGAUAUCCAACUUGCCAGGCGUAUCCGUGGCGAACGUGCGUAGCCCCCCACUAAGAAUUUCCAUUGUCGCACGCAUCUAUCUGUUGUUUUAGGGAGACGGUUUCUUUUGUUUUCGUUUGGUGCUAGAUCU